UUAAAGCGCUUAAGGCUUAUCUGCUCUGACGUCCCCCGUAGCUUUUCUCGUUCCCUUCCAGUUUUCGACCUGAAAAUUUUGAUCGAUCAUCAGCGCGCCUUCUAGUAUUUCUCUUCUCCCUUUUUUACAAAUCCCGUACAAACUUGUACUAUAUCCUCCUAAAACAUAAAUAUACGUAACCUAUACUAUAUAUUUCCUAUCAUAUCUAUCUGCCUGUUGGAAUCAGGAGAAAUGACGAUGACCAUCGAAGACUUGCUGGGCUUGCUUUUAUGUUCUCAGCGAGCAUCCUGUUGCAGAUCCUGGCUUGUGCAUUAUACAACAACUGGUGGCCAAUGUUAUCAGCUCUCAUGUAUGUUUUGGUGCCUAUGCCCUGUUUGUUCUUUGGAGGUGGCUCCACUCAAUUCUUAAUUAGCCGGGAUGGUGGGGGGUGGAUAGAUGCUGCUAAGUUCUUAACAGGGGCAUCAUCAGUAGGCAGCAUAGCCAUUCCAAUUAUCCUCAGGCACGCAGAUUUGAUUGGGACAGGAGCCAUGUUGAUUGAGUUCUUCUCCUUCUUCAUAUUUGUUUGUACUGUCAUGUGUUUUCAUCGUGCUAGCCUUGAUGAUGAGUGGUGAUGAAGAUCCAGCCCCUCAGAUAUUAUACUCUGUGAGUUGGAUUUCGUUGAUUACUUCUAUUCGUGUUAAACACAUCAUCUGAUGUGCCCAUGGUAAGGGUAAGAGUGCUUACUGUUAGUAACUAGGAAGAGAACAAUUGAGGAGAAAUUUCUGCCAAGUAUAGCUGGAAUUACUGUUGUACAUUUUUUAAUGACCAAUUGACUCGGUGUAUUGAGUCUUUGGCCAACGUCUUAUGACUUGGGUGAAAACUUUAUUGUAUGAGGAACAAAAUCUUUCUGAGUGAUGCAGAUGUGCAUACAAACUCUUGUCAUAUAUGAUUAAACAUGACCACAGUUGCGUUG